AUGGUUGUGAAUAAGCCAAGAAUAGUGAUAAUCGGGGCGGGAAUGGCAGGUUUAACAGCUGCAAACAAGCUCUACAAAUACAGUUGUUCAAAAGAAGCAUUUGAGCUUUGCGUUAUUGAAGGUGGGAAUAGAAUUGGAGGUAGGAUUAACACUUCAGAGUUUGGUGGUGACAGAAUUGAAAUGGGUGCUACUUGGAUCCAUGGAAUUGGGGGUAGCCCAGUUCAUAAAAUAGCUCAAGAAAUCAAUUCCUUGGAAUCAGACAAGCCAUGGGAGUGUAUGGAUGGGUUUCUUGAUGACCCAAUCACCAUAGCUGAAAAUGGGUACGUGUUAAAUCCAUCUCUUGUUCACCCUAUUUCAAAUCUCUUCAAGAAUCUAAUGGAUUUUGCUCAAGGAAAAAGGAAAUCAACUCUGGUUGGAAUCGGGAAUGGUGGAGAUGGAAUUGGGAAUAUGAGUGUUGGUUCUUUCCUUAGAAACGGUCUUGAAGAUUACUGGGAAACGGAAUCACGAAAGGAGAGAGACGAUGUGAAUGGGAAUCGGAAUUGGAAUCGGAAGUUGUUAGAAGAAGCAAUUUUCGCAAUGCAUGAGAACACUCAAAGAACUUAUACAGCUGCUAACGAUUUGUUGAAUCUUGAUUAUAAUGCAGAGAGUGAAUACGUCAUGUGUCCUGGUGAAGAAAUCACUAUCGCUAAAGGAUACUCAAGCAUUAUACAAUCAUUGGCAUCUGUUUUACCAUCUGGCGUCAUUCAAUUAGGUACAAGACCAGUGAAGCUACACUUUCUCGAUGGUACAACUCUAUCAGCCGACCAUGUCAUUGUCACAGUUUCAUUAGGUGUACUCAAAGCCGGAAUCCGUGAUUCCAACGAUUUGGGUAUGCUAAAAUUCAAUCCCCCACUUCCAGAUUACAAGAUCGAAGCCAUUUCCAGACUUGGGUAUGGUGUCGUCAACAAGCUUUUCUUGCAACUAAGUCCGGACUACACAGAUUUCGACCAAUUCCCAUUUCUACAAUUCCUAUUCCACCAAAGUGAUUCCGAAGUUAAGGACCCGAGAAUCCCAUGGUGGAUUAGGAGAACAGCUUUUGUCUCACCGAUUUAUAAGAAAUCAAGAGUGUUAUUAUCUUGGUUUGCAGGUGAAGAAGCACUAGAGCUAGAAACACUCCCAAAUGAAGUGAUUCUUGAUCAAGUCUCCACAGCUUUAUCUACCUUUUUGCCAAAUUCGUUGGAUUCCCAUGAACAAUGUAAUGGGAAUGGAAUCAAGAACUCAUCAAAAUUGAAACUUGUUAAGGUUUUGAAGAGUCAAUGGGGGCAUGAUCCACUCUUUAUGGGGUCAUAUAGUUAUGUUGCAGUUGGUUCAAGUUGUAGUGACAUGGACACAUUGGCUGAGCCAUUACCUAAAGCGGGUUUGCAGUUACAGUCACAGUCAAAGUCACAUCAGCUUCAGAUUCUCUUCGCUGGGGAAGCAACACAUAGAACUCAUUACUCUACAACUCAUGGUGCUUAUUUUAGUGGUAUUAGAGAAGCCAAUAGGCUUCUUGAACACUAUCAUUGUAUGGAUUAG